GACUAGCUCUGUGGCCUGCGGAGUCUGGCUGGCCACGUCAUCCUUCUCGAGAUGAGAUAAAAUGAUGCGGCCAGACAGCGGCGAUGGUCACUUCCACCACAGCUUCAACAUGAGAUUCCUGGUCGUCCUCUGCCUUUCUCUGCCCGCAGCGCUUGCCUUCGACUGCCAGGGUGCACAUGACGGGGCCUACGAGGUGGGGUGCAAGUCCUUCAUCACGUGUGUCAACGGGGUGGGCACCAUCACAGAAUGCGCCCAGGAUCAGGUCUACAACUCCCGCACGGGGCAGUGCGCACCUGUCGCGGACGUGGGCCCUCCAUGCGGCUCCCAGAAGGAUUGUAAGAACGUAGCAGAUGGCAAGUACGCAGACGUCGAUAACCAGUGCACAUCCUACUACACGUGCUCCGGGGGAACCUACUUCGGCCACAACUACUGUAGUGGAAGUCUGGUGUUCAACGAGCACCUGCAGACCUGUGACUGGGCGGCACACACCCCUCCUCCCUGUGGAACCUUCACUGGCACCACCACCCGGUCCUAAGCUGCAAGCCCUGUUUUCCCCUUCAAAGUCCCUAAAAAAUUAGCUUCUCGUUUUUAUUUUAGUUUGAACCCUGCUAUGCCAAUGCGGAUCCGUUGUGGAAUAUUGUGAAACACUGAAGUACUUGGCACAGUCCGUUAGGAGAACGUUGCAAAAGUUCUUUGUGUAAAACCUGAUGUUACAACUGUGGUCUUAGCUCUGCUCAGUUACCUUUCAAAUUCUAAUGAUGGAGGAAAUUGCUUCUGAAAAAUGUCAGUCUUAGAAGUCAGUUAGAAUACUGUAACUGUUGGAAACACUGAAAUACUAGCUGGUAAUAAAGACAGAUUGGCACAUAUACUCA